UCUUGUUUCUUUUAUUAUACUUAUUUUUAAAUUACUUAUCAUAAAAUAUAAACAAGUUCUUGACUAGACUGUUAUUUUAGACCCCUUUAUUUUGCCCUUCCCUACUAGUUGUAUAAUCUUUUACCUCAUAUUUCAAAACAUCAAAAUUCCUCCUUUCCAUCCUUCAUCAAAACCAUCUCUGGCAGAUCUGGGGAGAAAUUAAACCGGGUGUGCCCCAAACCUGCAAACAUUUUCUUACUAAUGAAAUCUGAGAACAUUGAACUUCAAAGGCACAUGUGACCACGGAGCAUCAGGACUUUUGUUUCUGGAUAGAAUUGUGUUUUUUGAGGGGUCCUGUAGCAAAGGGCAGGGAUGCUGUGACCGAGUGAGUCUUGCUCCAGCAAUUGCAUCCUCUCUGCCUGAAUGACCAGUUUUGGAAGGAGCCUGCAGACAUGACUGUCAGUAUCUGAGGUUUCAGGUUGUGUUUUAGGGUAGGACCUCACUGCCCAGCUCCAGCCAGCUGUACCCAAAAGUAAAUGUUUGGGGGCAAUCACUUAUUUAUUGUAGUGAACAUAAAAGUAGCUGGGCAGGUGACACCUAGAAGAAAAUAAGAUGACAAAAAAAAAUGUGCAAAGACUCAUUUCGUUACUCACGGUUUUUUGCAUUUGCGAAUGUAAGUAGUUUUUGAAGUUCUCUUGGGACUUACAUUCCUACAACAGCAUAAAGCCAAACGUGGAUUUCAAAAAAGGUCCCUAAGGGGCUUUCGUUAAGUGCAAAAUCAGUGCAGAGGUCCCUCGCUCCUCUCACGUACUCUUAUCCCAAGUGGUGGUGGCGGUGGGGAGCGCUUGAGUAGCACGCAAGCUCUUUUGUUCCUCCUCCGCAAAGUAGAGGUGGUGUGGCCCGAGGCUUUGCGGGAUAGCGUCCCCCGCGGAGUUCAAGUCUAGAUCCGCCAGCGCUGAGCCCCCGGAGGGAGGAGGGGGCGGGCUCAGGGAGUCCCUCCUUCGGGGGCGGGGCCAAGGGCUGCCCGGCCCUGCAGAGCGGAGGUCUACGGGCUCCAGUUUAGUAAAGCGCAUGCAAACCCGGCCAGAAGCCACCGCACUUAUCAGCAGAUCUCAUGAUUGUUUGGUAAAGGCUCUGCGGGUCUACACAGGUCACCUCCCUCGGAACUCCGCGACUCCACGUCGGAGCCAGCCCUCGGCCCCCCGCAGUCGGACGGUUACAGCCGCGGGAGACCUGGAGGCGGUGGCAGCGGCCCAGGAACUAGCAGCAGCGCCCGGGAAAGAAGCAGAAAGAGAAGAGUAUUGUCUCCUAGGAAUCCAGCCCUGGAGAAACAAGGAAAAUUCUUCCCAGGAUGGUCUCCCAUUCAGAGUUGAGGAAACUUUUCUGUUCAGCUGAUGCAGUGUGCUUUGAUGUUGACAGCACAGUCAUCAGAGAAGAAGGAAUUGAUGAGCUGGCCAAAUUCUGUGGAGUUGAGGAUGCUGUGUCAGAAAUGACACGGCGAGCCAUGGGCGGGGCAGUGCCUUUCAAGGCUGCCCUCACAGAGCGCUUAGCUCUGAUCCAGCCCUCUAGGGAACAGGUGCAAAGGCUUAUAGCAGAGCACCCACCACACCUGACCCCCGGCAUAAGGGAGCUAGUAAGUCGCCUACAAGAGCGAAAUGUUCAGGUUUUUCUAAUAUCUGGAGGCUUUAGGAGCAUUGUGGAGCAUGUUGCUUCAAAGCUCAACAUCCCAUCAACCAAUGUAUUUGCCAACAGGCUGAAAUUCUACUUUAAUGGUGAAUAUGCAGGUUUUGAUGAGAUGCAGCCAACAGCCGAAUCUGGUGGGAAAGGAAAAGUUAUUAAACUUUUAAAGGAAAAAUUUCAUUUUAAGAAAGUAGUCAUGAUUGGAGAUGGAGCCACAGACAUGGAAGCCUGUCCUCCUGCUGAUGUUUUCAUUGGAUUUGGAGGAAAUGUGAUCAGGCAACAAGUAAAGGACAACUCGGAAUGGUACAUCACUGAUUUUGUAGAGCUUUUGGGAGAACUGGAAGAAUAAGAUCAGUUUUUAUACAGUUCAUAACAACUUCAGGUUAAUUUUUAAAAGUUAUACAGUUUGAUACUGUUUGCUUCCAAUUGAAUAUUAGGACUUAAUAUAUAAAUUUAGUACUGAUUAUCUGUACUUCCAAGUAAACUAUAGUUAGGGCUCAUAGAACAUUGUGGUUCUUUUUUUUUUUUUUUUAACUGUAGUUCCGGUAUUAUUAUGACCAUUUAAUUACCUGGAGAGUUUUAUAAUUUGAAUUCUUUAUGUAUUUUCCUAGCUAUAUUUUAUUUGAAGGCUUUUGAAGGUGGAUAGUAAAUUAAACACCUUCAUUAUUGGAAAUAUGGAUUAGGCAGCUUUAAGUGAAAUUGGUUUUCCCUUUAUAUAUAAAUAAAAGUU